UGUCGUCAUCCAGAGAGAGAGGACGGUCAUGUGACCGGGAGAGAGAGGAAGCCUGUCCCAGGGGAGAGUGCAGGUUUCAGGUGAGAGUGCCCACGUUAAAGGAGAACAGUCCUCCAUACAUCCCUAUGGAGAGAAGGUAACCCCGAUACAGGAGACAUUCUAUACAGAGAGAAGGAGGACACAAGGAGGGCGGGAGACAUGCCCGGAGUCUUCUGAACAUCGCACAGCAGCAAACUUGCACAAAUGUCUGGAGGAGCGUUGUCAUCAGAAAUAAGAUCCAAAGGCAGGGCGACAAACAAGCGCGCUGCACAGUAUGAUCAGGUACCAGUAGAGCCCAAUGCAGCUAUCGUUAAUCUCCAAACCUUGCAGGACUGUGAAUUGGCUCUGAGCGCCGAUCCUUUACCUCCACCUCCGCUACCACUUCAUCCUCCGUUUGGGCCGGAGUUCUACCCAAGCGACAGCGAGGAUCCAGUAACGCCACAUGAGCUUAGACCUGUAAGGAGGUUUAUUCCAGAUUCCUGGAAAAAUUUCUUCAAAGGAAAGCAAGAGACGGCAUGGGAAGAACCAAUUUCAGAACUUAACUACAUUUCAGGAGGGGCGCGGUGCUCUCCUCCACGAUCGCCAUCUCUACCUACUUCUUCAGCACAUGGAGUAAAGGCAGCUGGAAGCUCUUACAAAGAUCCAUAUGGGGGUUCUGGCGGUAGCUACAACUCAAGGAAAGAGGGGGAAGCUAUGAUUCCGGAUGACCCAUAUGGCUCUUUGGAUCGGCAUACACAAACUGUAAAGACAUACACUGAGAUGGUCGAAGACUACAAUUUGCGCUACUCUUACAUGAAGUCUUGGGCUGGAUUGCUCCGGAUCCUGGGUGUGGUUGAACUUUUGCUUGGAGCUGGUGUUUUUGCCUGCGUGACGGCUUACAUCCAUAAAGACAAUGAAUGGUAUAACAUGUUUGGCUACUCGCAGCCCUAUUCUUACACUGCAAGUUUACAAGGGGGGUACUAUUAUUCAGGACCCAAGACUCCUUUUAUACUUGUAGUAGCUGGUUUGGCAUGGUUAGUGACUAUAAUUAUGCUAGUCCUAGGUAUGUCCAUGUACUAUAGGACUAUCCUUCUAGACGCUCACUGGUGGCCUCUAACAGAAUUUGGGAUCAACAUCUGUCUUUUUAUAUUAUACAUGGCUGCAGCGAUUGUGUACGUGAAUGACACAAACCGAGGAGGACUGUGCUACUAUCCAUUGUUUAACAAUUCGAUAAACUCCACAUUCUGCCGAGUGGAAGGAGGGCAGACGGCUGCCAUCAUUUUUUUGUUUGUCACCAUGCUUGUAUACCUAAUUGGCGCCAUUGUUUCAUUAAAGCUCUGGCGGCACGAAAGUGCAAGGAAGAGACGGGAGUAUCUCGAACGGGAGAUGAAAUCACAAGGUUCGCACAUGAGUCCACCAAAAGUCAUGCACAAUGUGUCUUCGGGUAAUGACCAUAUGGUACUGGAUGGCCCAAUGCAGCAACGAGCUAAUAAAGUUGGUGAUAUGCGGCCUGAGCUGAUUAGCGGAUAUAUUCCAGCAGGACAUAUACCAAAGCCCAUUGUCAUGCCGGAUUAUGUGCCAAAAUACCAGGCAAUAAACUCGGAUGAUGAGCGAGAUCGUUAUAAGGCGGUUUUUAAUGACCAGUACUCUGAGUACAAAGAACUGUCGGCUGAAGUCCAGGCUGUCUUAAAGAAAUUUAGUGAACUGGAUGCUGUUAUGAGCAAAUUACCUAGGAACACAGAGAAUGAGCAUGAAUACCAGCGGAUUGCAAAAGUUUUGCAAGAAUAUCAAAAGAAAAAGAAUGACCCAACAUUUCUGGAGAAGAAGGAACGAUGUGAGUACCUGAAGAACAAGCUGUCACACAUCAAGCAGAGAAUUCAGGAAUAUGAUAAAGUUAUGAAUUGGAAUGAUGGAUUUAAUUAACUUUUACCAAAUAGCUUUUUUUUUUUUUUUGUGAAUGCCUUAAUACGCUUUAAACCCCGAUUCCCUUUAUGCCUUUUAAAUAUUGCAGCUUGUUUUUAUAUUGAAUAUUUUGUAAAUACUAUACUCUCCAAUGGUAAAUACUGGAUAUCCUGUGUGUAACAAUAUGAUUUGUUGCUUCUUUCCUAAAUGGUUUGCUAGUUAUACUUGAAGGAGAUGCUGUCACAUUUAGGAUGUGCUGCCCAUUUCAUGGACAUUAGGGUGGAUUUGAAAAAAAGAA